CUCUGCAGCUCCCGCCGGUCGUUCAUGACGGAAGUAGCCGGUGUUUAGGUGACACGUCACUGAGGUCAAACGGGAGGAAAGAUGGCGAGCACCUUUGAGAGUUUCAAGUUGCGCACCACACCAGAGAAGUUUUACAUAGAGGCUUGUGAUGUUGGUUCUGUGGAUGUCCUGGCUAUCGACAGGGUGUCAACUGAGAUGACUCUCACAGUGAAGAGGGACAUCCCCGCAUCGGCUGAGACCAGGCCAAUAUGUGGACUUAUGGGGACCAUACGUUUGGUGGCAGGCAUGUACCUGGUUGUCAUCACAAAGAAGCAGAAGGUGGGAGAUUUGCUGGGCCAUGCUGUGUGGAAGGCUGUGGACUUUGACAUCAUCUCCUAUAAGAAGACAAUACUACACCUGACAGAUAACCAGAUGCAAGACAACAAGACUUUCCUGUCGAUGAUCAACCAUGUGCUUCACACAGAUGGCUUCUAUUUUGCAACAGACUAUGACCUGACCCAUACUCUGCAGCGCCUGGCCAACACCAGCCCUGAGUUUCAGGAGAUGAGCCUUCUGGAGAGGGCAGAUCAGCGUUUCGUCUGGAAUGGCCACCUGUUGAGAGAAUUCAUCGCCCAGCCAGAGUUACACAAGUUUGUGUAUCCUGUUGUCCAUGGAUUCAUCACCAUGAAGUCAAGCUGCAUCAAUGGAAAGGUGUUUGAGUGGAGUAUUAUCUCCAGGAGGAGCUGUUUCAGAGCCGGGGUCCGCUACUACGUCCGAGGCAUUGAUUCUGAAGGCCAUGCUGCUAACUAUGUAGAAACAGAGCAAAUAGUGCAGUACAACAGUGCCAAGGCUUCAUACGUUCAGACAAGAGGCUCCAUCCCCUUCUACUGGUCCCAAAGGCCCAAUCUCAAGUACAAACCAAAACCACAGAUCAGCAAAUCAGUCAACCAUUUGGAUGGAUUUCAGAGACACUUUGACUCUCAGAUAAUUCUCUAUGGAAGACAAGUCAUUUUGAACUUGAUUAACCAAAAGGGCUCAGAAAAGCCACUGGAGCUGGCAUUUGACAAGAUGGUGACCAGCUUGGGUAAUGGCAUGAUCAAGUACAUAGCAUUUGACUUCCAUAAGGAGUGCAGUCGGAUGAGGUGGCACCGCCUGCAGAUCUUAUUGGACAUGGUCGCUGAAAUGCAGGAUGAAUUUGGGUAUUUCCUGGUGGAUGCAGAUGGGAAGGUGCUGUUGAACCAGGAGGGAACAUUUCGUAGCAACUGCAUGGACUGUCUGGACCGGACCAACGUCAUCCAGAGCCUGCUGGCCCGACGGUCGCUGCAGUCACAGCUACAGAGAAUGGGAGUCCUGCACAUGGGCCAGCAGAUCGAGGAACAGGCAGACUUUGAGAAGAUGUACAAGAAUGCCUGGGCAGACAACGCUGAUGCCUGUGCCAAGCAGUAUGCUGGUACUGGUGCCUUGAAGACAGACUUCACCAGGACAGGGAAGAGGACUCAGUGGGGGCUGCUGAUGGACGGCUGGAACUCCGUGAUCCGAUAUUACAAAAACAACUUCUCUGAUGGUUUUAGACAGGACUCCAUUGAUCUGUUCCUGGGGAAUUAUGCUGCAGAGGAAGGUGACUGGACCACCCCACUGCGUGACCCUAAAGACUGGAAGUUUCUGACGUUGCCUAUCAUCAUGGUGGUAGCAUUCUCCAUGUGUAUCAUCUGCCUGCUAAUGGCUGGUGACACGUGGACUGAGACUCUGGCCUAUGUUUUGUUCUGGGGAACAGCCAGCGUGGUGACGGGCGGCGUCAUCCUCUUUAAUGGACGUGAUUUUGUAGAUGCUCCCAAGCUGGUCCAGAAGGAGAAGCUGGACUGAAUGUGUGUGUGUGGAAAGCAGCUAGGCCCCGGCGAGCUCACCGCCUCAUCCACUAGCACUUCAUCACUUUACCCCCAACAUCAGCAUCAGCAUCAGCAGGCUUGGAGCCUUUACUAACAGAGGGGGAAGUGGAGGAGGGUGGUGGGCAGCAGGGCUGGCUCCGUGUACGGUAGAAAGACAGAGACUGGGAGUGCACGGGCCUGCUGCCGUCCACACUGCAACGAUCAUCAUGUGGACAGGACUGUCUGUCCACAGGUUUUACUGGACACUGAAACUCUGGAGUUUGUUCUAACUGGAUGUCAUUGUUCCUGAUUUCAGAGGAAUGCAGUGAGACAUACAUGACCUUUCACAUGUGUCCUACUGCAUUCCUUUAAUGGAUGCAUUGGGAUCAGAUUCACAACAGCUGCUGUGAUGUCACAGCACAGCUGGAAAUGAUUUAUUGUAUGUACUGUUAAUUUACCUUUUGUCUUUUCCUUUUUGUUGUUGCCAAUUUAUGUUUAUGUUUGUUUUAUGUGCAGUAACUCUGUCCCAGGUUAAACGCUGCCUGCUACAAAGUCUGUCACAUGACACAGCCACACUCUGAUUUAAAUGACUGUGGUUUGAUUUGGGACAAAGAAGUUAUGUAAUUUGAUCAACUUGAUGAGAAUCACCCAAAUGCAUGAUCAGUGUUUGUCUCUGUAAAGGUAGAUUUAUGCUUCUCUAUCAAUGGGCUCCAUGCAAGAACCAGUCAUGCAAGAGAGUGAUUGAAGAGAACCUGGGGCACUCACCAGUUUUCUGGUGUUCAGUAUUUUCUUUGAGGUAGGAACCAAAUUCAGGAGUGGUCCAGAUCAGUCAGACUAGUGUGACUCUCUCCACCUUUGACUUGAAAUCAUAAAGCCUUAAUCUGAAUCAAUUAGGAGUUUAGCUAUUCUACUGAAAUGAACUCAAAUAAAAAUAUGAAUAAAACAGA